UUUUGUUGGGAAAACCCGGCAUGUAUUUUGUAUACAUAUUUUGUUACGUAAUACAUUAUCAUAUGGACGAGCUGCAACAUAAAAUGGACCGUGUAUGUAUAUAAGCAAGUUAUGAAAUUCUCGAUAGAUCGGGAAGGAUAUCUAGGUUGAUAGCAAAUAAAAAAAAUAUCCACAUAAGUAAGGAACUCGCCAAACAUUGCUAAAGAUUCAAGUUGAGAUUGCAUGGUAUUAACAAUAGGGAAGAUAACUCGAUCCUUCACAGUCAUCAGAGAGCCACCAUGUAUUCGUGUAUUAUGUGCUGUAUGUUGCAAGCUGUUGAUCCAGUAUUCCUGGUGUUUGUUUUGAUUGUAACAUGGAAUUUAUAUGUAAAUGCCGAGACAGAUAAUUUUCAAACUGAAUCAGAACCAGAACACCAGACUGAUGAUUCCGAAACAGAUAGUCAUAGUAGCAAUGUGGAUAGCUUGAGAGAUGAAAGAAGCGACGUAAUUAACGAUAAAGAUGUUUCUUCUGAUGAAAGAUGGCACCUAGAACGUCAACGUGCGAUCCAACAAUCGAAAUUGCAAAUGUUAUUAGAAAUCGAGAGAGGCUCAUAUAAAGAGCGGCAGUGUGAAUCUACGGACACAAUCAAGAAAAUCGAAGACAACAUUAAAGUUAUUAACGAACGAAUUAAGACGUUGGAGACCGCUAGUCUUCCAGGAAAACACAAAGACUCUUCAGCUGCAUCAAAAAAAGUCCAAGAUAAACAGACUGGCAAAAUGCGAGAUCCUGACUACAACAAUAUACAGACACACAUGGUGUACUUACUAGACAAUAUACAAGAUCCUAUAUAUCUCUGUUUAUCGCUGUUUUCACAUGGGGUUUUUGAUUGGGAUGAUGUGGAAAAAAUAAAGAGAUGCCAUGCCAUUGGAACUCGGGAAGCAACUGAAAAACUACUAUUCAUUUUAAUGUAUUGUGGCGAAAACGCUUACGGGCGAUUUUUAGUGUGUCUCAGAGACGUUGGCCUGGAUCAAGUGAUCAAUGAGCUUGAACACAGCAGAUAUGGAGAGUCAAACCGCCAAGGAAGUGAGGAACAAAGAUUACUAGCAGAAAGGCGUGGACUUCAAGAAAGAGUGAAGGAAAAGGAAGAACAACUUCGGGAAGCAGUAACAGAAAAGGAACAUAAUUUUCAGAAAUUGCAGGAAGACAAUCAACGUAUUAAUAUGGGGCUGGUUGAACUCAGAAAUCAGAUGAUGAAGAUGGAGACGGAAAAACAGGGCGACAAAGAUGAGAGGAAGCAAGAAAUUAGUCUUCUAAGAGAAAAGGAAGAUGAACUUCUAAACGUCCAGAAAGAAGUAACUGAAAAACAACAAAGAAUCCCAAACGAGAUACUGAAUCUGGAGUCACACGUGGAAUAUUUAAAAGCAGCAACAAUAAGUGGAGAUAAUGUUGAGUCUGAUAUUACAAAUCUUUGCACUUUACUUCAAACAUGUGCGACGGCAGCUGAUGAUAAAGAAAUUUCUUCUGAACAAGAGGAAAGAUGGCAGCGAGUAGGUCAACUUAUGAUCCAACAAUUCAAAGAUCAACGGGAGGGCGAAAUAUCAAAUUUGCAAAAGCUAUUAGAAAGCGAGAAAGGCUCGUAUAAAGAAAGAGAAUCAGAAUUUGCGGAUACAAUCAGUGAACUCAAAGAUAACAUUAAAGAUAUCAGCGAACGAAUCAAGACGCUUGGGAGGCCUAGUAGUCCAGGACAACAUAAAGACUCUUUAGCUGCACCAAGGAUACUACAAGGAAGGCGGAGAAGCAAAAUGCGAGACCCUGACUUCCACAAUAUACAGACACACCUGGUGUACUUACUAGAUAAUAUACGAGAUCCCAAACGUCUGUGUGUAUCGCUGUUUUCACAUGGAGUUUUUGAUCGGCAUGAUGUGGAACUAAUAUACAAAUGUUAUGACGAUGGAACUCGAGAAGCAACUGACAAACUUCUGAUGACUGUAAUGUAUUGUGGUGCAGAUGCUUACCAGCGAUUUUUAGAGUGUCUUAGAGACGUUGGGCUAAAUCAAGUGAUCAAUGAACUUGAGCAAAGCAGAUAUGGAGAGCCAAGCGACCAACAAACCGAGGAACUAAGAUUAAUAGCAGAAAGGCGUGGACUCCUAGAAUGGGUGCAGGAAAAGGAAAAAAAGCUUCAGGAAACGGUGAAAGAAAAAAGGCAUGAUGUUGAGGAAUUGCAGGUAGAAAAUAAACGUAUUAAUAUGGAGCUAGCUGAACUCAGAAACGUGAUAUCAAAGAUGGAGAAGGAAAAACAGGGCGAUGAAGACGAGAGAGAACAAGAAAUAAGUCUUCUAAGAGAAAAGGAAGAUGAACUUCUAAAAGACAAGAAAAAAGUAAAAGAAAAACAACAAAGAAUCCCAAACGAGAUACACAAUCUGGAGUCACAGAUGGAAGAUUUAAAAGCAGCAACAAUCAGUGAAGAUAAUGAAUUGCCUGAGAUAGAGGCUGAUAUUACAAAUCUGUGCACGUUACUUGAGAAAUGUGCGUCGGCCGAUGAUGAUGGUUGUUCUCAACUUAAAGGUGAAAAUCAAAUUACUACUGAACACACUACUAGUAUUACCAUGACCGAAGAUGAUGUAUCAUAUGAUAUUCUUGAUGAACAAAGUUCCAUAAACAGGCCUGUAGAACUCGAAAUGGAUGAGACAGCUAACCAGGAUUUGCAAAAUGUAAAUAUCUUGAACCAGGCUGUAGAAAAAGGCUACACAGAUAAAAAUAUUUCGUCUGAAACAGAUAAACGAUGGCACGAUGAACAACAACUCGUGAUCCAACAUUUCAAAAAUAAAAGGGAUAGCGAAAUAUCAAAAUUAGAAAGCGAGAAAGAGAGAGGGUUUGAUUCUAACGGUACAAUCAAGAAACUCGAAGAUCACAUUGAAGAUAUCAGCGCAAGAAUUAAGACACUUGAGGCACCUAAUAGUCCAGGAGAAAAUAAAGAAUCCUUACCUGUACCAAGGAAAUUUCAAGAUAAACAGAUUGGAAUGAUGCGAAAAUCUGACUACCAAAAUAUUCAAGAGCACAUGAUGUACUUAAUAGACAAUAUACAAGACCCCAUACGUCUGAGUUUAACACUGUUUGCAUGUGGGGUUUUUAACCGGGAUGAUGUGGAAAAAAUAAAGAGAUGCUAUAACAUUUCAACUCGAGAUGCAACCCAAAAACUGCUUUUCAUUGUAAUGUACAGUGGUGUGAAUGUUUACCAACGAUUUAUAGAGUGUCUUAGAGAAGAGGGUUUAGAUCAAGUAGUCAAUGAGCUUGAACAAAACAGACAUCGAGAAUCGGACCAGCAGCGAAACGAGGAACUACGAUUAAAAGUUGAAAGAGUACAAGAAAGUGGAGAAAGCCUUAGAGAAGUAGUAAAAGAAAGGGAGUCUGAUAUCCGAAAAUUGAAGGGAGAAAAUGAACGUAUUAAUACGGAACUGGUGGAACUCAGAGAUGAGAUGGCCAAGCUGGAGAAUGACAAACAGAGGGACAAAGAGGAAAGGAUAAUAGAACUUAGUCUUCUAAAAGAAAAGGAAGAGGCACUUCUAAAACACCACAAAGAAAUAGACGAUAAACACAGCAAAAUCCAGAAUGAUUUAAAGACUUUGGAGUCCCUUAUUGAGAAUAUAAAAGCAACAACAAUCAGUGGAAAAUCAAAAGACGGUGCUGACCAAGAACAACUUACCAGAUCUAAGAAAAGAACGCAUUUUUCUAAUUUAGACGACGCGUGCUUAAGGGGGGAUUUAUAUAAUGUAAGGCGCUUAAUUGACUCGGGGCACGACAUAUAUAAAAGGUUCCGUGACGGCAUGACACCCUUAUUGUUUUGCAGUCAGUCCGAAAUUGAACCCGUCUCUAAAAUGAAAAUGAUACUAGAUAAAGGUGCUAAUAUAUAUGAUACAGAUACAGACAAUAACAAUGUGUUGCACCUAGCUUGUGGCUAUAGUCAUCUUGCUACAGUGGAAUAUUUGUUAAAUCUGGGUUUAUUUGAUAACAGCGGGGGUUUUAAGGAUAAAACACCAAUAUUAUGCAGCAGCGAGUCACCAAUUGAGCCUGUUUCUAAGAUUAAAAUGAUACUAGAUAGAGGUGGCAAUAUAAAUGAUAGAGAUACAGAAGAUAAUAAUAUACUGCACCUGGCUUGUAAGUGGGGUAGUCUAGAAACUGUAGACUACUUACUACAGGUGGAGGGUUUAGAUGUUAUGAGCAGAAAUAAAUUCGACCGAACACCUUUAGAUUGUUGUCGGUCCUCAUCUAUUCAGUUAGACGAAAAGAUUCAAUUAUUCGAAGAUAAGAUGCAAUUAUCAGGCAAAUAUUAUAGUCCGUUGUUUGAUUUUUUCAAUUAACUGUAUUAUUAACCUUUCCCCUAAUCGAUAUCCCGAGUAGCGAUCACAAUUUUAAUACACUCUAUCAAUUUUAAUAGAUUCAUACUUUUUUAUUAGUUGCUAAAGUAUGUGCUUUAGAUCUCGUGGUCUGCGAUCUAUGCGUUUCAUGGGUUCGAUCCCAGCCCUGUAGUGAUAUGUCAACUAAGCUGUUCUAUGCAUCAUCGAUCAACUUUUUUGCAUUAUAAAUAACUAAGCUGUUAUAUGUAGCAUAUAUUAUUAAUUAACCGAGCCUUUAUAUGGAUCAUCGUUAUUGAAAUCCUUUGAUGGUUUCAUAUUAGUUAUUGUUUUUGUUACCUUGUUGUAUAUAAUUGAUUUUUUGCCAUUACACUGUCAUUAUUUACUUGAUAACGACAAGAGGAACUUGUUGCAACGUAGUGUGAAAUAAACUCAGUGAUUGUUUUCCAUAUAAAUUGUGUUUUAUUAUCAUCGUUAUUGUGUUAUUAGUAAUUAACAAAGCUUUGUUUAUUAAUUAACAAAACUUUUAUGUGUAUUAAACUGAGAAUAUAAGGUUUGUUAUACUAUAAUUGAUUUAUAUAAAACAAUGACAAGGAGUAUACUGUAAAUAAAGUUAUACUGUUAAUGGUAUAUAUAAAUCUCGGAUUGGGAUAAUAGAGAUAACUAUAGUGAGGUGAUAACAUGUGUUAUAAAGUACACCAAUAGUCAUGCUGAGGACACGGAACAAUAUUGACGUAGUGGCACUUUCAAUUACUUGGACUUACAAUUAGCUUCUUUAUUAAUUGUAUAUUUUUGUUACAUUUCGAUGAUUUUAAAUUACAAAAAAUAACGGAGCGCAACAAAGGGUAUAUCUUUAUUAUUUUCUUUAAAUGCUUUUAGUAUAUCAAAAUAUUGAUAAUUUAAUUAAAGCAAAAAUAAAUAGAAUUUUCGAAGUUCAACGUUUCGAUUUUUAUUGUUUCUCCAUUGAAAUUUCCGUGCUUAAUCUACCAACACCAACCAAUUGUUACUGCCUUACCCCAAACAAUAACGUGUGGUUGGUGUUGGUAGAUUUGUUAUUGUUUGGGGUAAGGCAGAUUUUCUCUUAUUGUUAGAGCAAAAAUACAUCGUGGUUGACUCAUUUCUUCUAAAUAGUAAAAUAAAAAGUACCUAAUCGGACAUAAUAAUUGUGCAACAAUAAUAUUUUCGGUAAGCUGAUAGUGAAAAAACACCAAUCAGUCAGGAGGUGAUUGGUAGCUGAAUAGCUAACUGGACGUGGACACUGUGCCUGACAAGGCAUAUACUGGGUGUGGGCGUGGUCUGCCUCUGUUGUUUUAUUCCGUAAGCAAUCGCCAUGUUUGUUCUACAAAUUAAAAGCAAGUAUGGCGUUUUUUUAAGGCGUUAACUUGUUUUAUCUAAUUAUUUUUGUAGUUUUGUAAUCGGGGUUCCGCUUUAACACAAUUAUUUGAUAUCUAUUAUUAAAUUUAUAUAUUAUCUA